AUUGCAUAGUAGCAUAUGAGGAGGCAGUUUCCACAACUACUUCCGCCUAUUUAUUCGAGCACCAAAGCACCCACACUUUCGGUCAUUUCUACCAAACGCACCCUUCCCUCUCUCUCCCCUCCCAAUAUAUUCUCUCGGUUUCUCUUUGUUUCUGCGUUGUUAUCUAUGGAUUGUGGGGUCGAAAUGCAGCGGAGUCCAGUGCUAGGUCUUUCGCCCAGCUUCAACAGCUACAACUCCGGCAGGCUUGCUGAGAUUGCUGCCAGGAUUAUUGAAGAGUUGGGAGAGUCGGAGUUUCAAACCGAAAUUGAAGCUGGAAAUGAUCUUGAGGAAUCCAUUCAUUCUUUGCAAGUUAAAGAAGGUGAUGAGGAAUCCGCUCUUUUCUCCGAAGUUAAAAGUGGAAAUGAUGAUGAAGACGUGAAAGAGGAUGAGGUCGAUGGUGAUGGUGAUGAUGAUUCAGAGUUUGCUUUUGUGUGGAGGGAGCCGGAGACGUCGCCGAUUUCGGCGGAUGAGAUUUUCUACAACGGCCAGAUUCGGCCGGUUUUUCCGAUUUUUAACAGGGAUUUACUGCUAGGCGAGGGGCAGAACCAGGAUGUUUCCGUAAAGCCGCCGACUCCGGCAUCGAUUCGGCGUCCUUUGAGGAAGCUUUUGAUAGAGGAGAGAGGAACGGGUUCGUGCUCGUCAUCGGAGGCUGACGAGCUCGAGGGAGUGCCGGCAGGGACGUACUGCGUGUGGACGCCCAAGGCGGCGGAGUCUCCACCGGCAAGGUGCAGGAAGAGCAACUCCACGGGAUCAUCGAAACGGUGGAAGUUCCGCGACUUCCUCCACCGGAGCAACAGCGACGGCAAGGACACUUUCGUCUUCCUCACUCCGAACUCCAGCAUGAAGAAAAAAGCAGAAAAGGAAGCCCCCUCGGGCGCCGGAAAACCUAAGCCAAAAGCAGUAGCCCGGGAGAAUGCGACGUCAGCAAACCGGAAAAACAACACAGCGGCAAAGAAGGAAGGUGAUCGACGGCGGUCGUUUCUUCCGUACAGGCAAGAUCUGGUAGGAUUCUUCGCAAAUGUGAACGGCUUGAGUAGGAAUCUCCAUCCCUUCUAGAACCUCAGAUCCUCCAUGCCUACGAGGCUAUCUCCAGUGGCUGGCUGCUUGCUUUGUGAUUACUGAUUUUGUUAGGGCUUUUAGACAAAUAUAUGGAAAUUUUGGUGUUUUCCUGUAAAUAUAUUUAUAUUUGAUAUGGUUAAUCAAAUUCCCGUACUUUUCUUAUAUGGAUCAUGGAGAUGAGCAGAGAAUUUUGGUGAAA